AUUCAUGUUUAUAUGUAGAAUUAUAUGUAUAACUACAUGUUGACAACAACAAAAAACCAUAAAAAAAUGUAGCCACAUUUACAUUGGUUGCAAGAUAAUCCAAACAACAUAAAAGUAAUGUUUUUGCAGUCAAAUAAUACAAAGGAAUCUUAAUGUAAAGAUGCAAGUGGCGAUAAUGGAGAACGUCCCUACACUCUUCUUCUUGCUUUCCAUUCUCUUUCUCUCCGUCUCCGUCGAGUCUCUUCCGCCUCCUCCACUAUUUCCCGAUGAAGCUCUCCCCACUAAAUCCGGCUACCUCCCGGUCAAACCCUCCCCCGGCUCCUCAAUGUUCUAUGCCUUCUACGAAGCCCAAAAGCCGACCACACCUCUUCCCGACACUCCGCUCCUCGUUUGGCUCCAAGGUGGGCCAGGAUGCUCUUCCAUGAUUGGUAACUUCUACGAGCUUGGCCCUUGGCGCGUAGUUUCACGUGCCACAGAGCUAGAGCGCAACCCCGGCGCUUGGAACCGUCUCUUCGGGUUACUUUUUGUGGAUAACCCCAUAGGAGUCGGAUUCAGCAUCGCCGCCUCAAAAGAAAACAUACCCACAAAUCAGAGACAAGUCGCUGAGCAUCUCUACGCAACUCUCGUGGAGUUCCUUGAGCAAAACCCAGGCUUUGAAAACCGACCGGUUUACUUCACCGGCGAGAGCUACGCUGGCAAGUACGUUCCAGCCAUUGGAUACUAUAUCCUUAAAGAGAAACCAAACGGGAAAGUGAAUCUAAAAGGACUAGCCAUUGGAAACGGGCUGACUGAUCCGGUGACACAGGUCCAGACUCAUGCGGUCAACGUCUACUACUCGGGUCUAGUCAACGCAAAACAGAGAGUUGAACUGGUGAAAGCGCAGGAGAUAACCGUGGCUCUCGUGAAGUCCGAGAAAUGGCGUGAAGCAGCAGACGCGAGAAGCGACGUGUUGAACAUAGUGAGUAACAUGACGGGACUAGCGACGCUCUACAACACGAAACGUUCGAUUCCUUACAGAACAGACCUCGUCGUGGAACUACUGAACCAGAGAGAAGCUAAGCGUGUUUUGGGAGUGAGCGAAACGAUGCGUUUUGAAGAAUGCAGCGAUGAAGUAGAAGAUGUGUUGCGUGGGGACGUGAUGAAGAGCGUCAAGUUCAUGGUGGAAUCCGUAUUGGAGAGGACUCAAGUGUUGCUGUACCAAGGCAUGUUGGAUCUCAGAGACGGCGUCGUUUCGACGGAAGAGUGGAUGAAGGCUAUGAACUGGUCGGGAUUGGAGAAGUUCUCGACGGCGGAGAGGCGUGUGUGGAAGGACGGCGACGGUGCUGUCGCUGGAUAUGUACAGAGAUGGGGAAAUUUAAGCCACGUGGCGGUUUCGGAUGCUGGUCAUUUUGUUCCGACAGACAAAGAUGUGAAUUCAAGGGAUAUGAUUGAAGGUUGGGUUUUGGGAAAAGGCUUGUUCGGUGGUGAAGAUCUCGUCAAGCUUUACCAUUCGAUCCAAACAUGAUUUGUGUUUUCUGUACUUUUAGCUGUGUGUUAGAUUUUGAAUUAAGAUUCGGAUUCUAAUCUACUUCAUGUUUUCAUCAAACUCAUUUUAGUACGAAUUGAUAACUUUUGCUUAUGGAUU